UGCACGUCGCCACACAGUCGCAAAUAAAGCAGAAAUGAACUUCAGCGCUUCUUGCGGCUCCAAAACGCACCAUUGAAAGCCGUAAUUCGUGUGAGAUACGGCAGGAUUUCUUGACUCCCAUAUGGCGGCGGCAUCGUCGUGGUUUCUCCUCGGCAUCCACUUGGCGUUACAUCACACGACAGUACCUCAACAUCCCCACCUUGGGGUACCGAACAUCAUCGUUGAAGAAUACAAGGGAUGGAUGUAUGCAAAGUAUGUGAACUCCAUACUCACAUCAGUGAUGAACAAAGUGACGGAAGCGGAGUGGAACUACGUAACGAACCUCACGGAGUACAACAAGCAUCUAAAAGUGGCCGCAUCGGUUGCCUUGAGGAAGCUGCAAAAGCAAAUUUCGAAGAACGUCGAACACUUCAGGUGGACAGAAUUUAGAAACCCAGUGACAAAAAGAAUUUUCGACAAAUUGGCGGGUCUUGGCGCCUCCGUGCUGUCUCACGAAAAGGAAGACGAGAUGACAAAGCUUAUCGCCGAGAUGCAGGAACACCACGCUUCAGCAAAAAUCUGUCCGCGGUACAGCUACCCUUAUCAGGACUGUCGUUUAUCUCUGGAUCCAGAGAUUAUAAAUACUAUGCGAACAUCGAGGGAUUACUGUGAGCUCCUCCACGCCUGGAAUGAAUGGCGUAGAUUUGCCGGGAAGCCCAUGCAGCAGAAAUUCCUGCGCUACGUUCAACUUCAAAAUGAAGCUGCUAUACUGAGCGGAUUUCACGAUGCCAGUGUCACGUGGAUAGGUGCCUACGAAGACGACGACUUCGAGCAAAAAAUGGCACAAAUAUGGGAACAGAUCAAGCCACUGUACAUGCAUCUCCACGCUUACGUGCGCUCGAAGUUACGUGAUGUGUACGGCUGGCAAAGAGUCUCGAAGUUCGGUCCUAUUCCGGCUCAUUUACUUGGUCACAUACACGCUCAAAAAUGGUCUGGAAUUCAGGAUAUCACUAUGCCCUAUCCGAAUAAACCGGCCAUCAACAUCACAGAUACCAUGUUGCAAAUGAACAUGACUGUGCUUAGCAUAUUUCGGUAUGCGGAGGAGUUUUUUACGUCCAUGGGCCUUCCCGCAAUGCCACGGACAUUUUGGACGCGAUCGGUUCUGGAAAAGCCGUGGGACAGGAAAGUUGUUUGUCAUCCUUCAGCUUGGGACUUCUACAUCAACGACGAUGUCAGGAUCAAGCAAUGUACGCAAAUAAACAUGGAUGACUUCCUGACGGCGCAUCACGAAAUGGGCCACGUGGAAUACUACCUCAAGUACGCCAAGCAGCACAUCGUCUUUCGAAAAGGAGCUAACGCCGGUUUUCACGAAGCCAUUGGAGAUACGAUUUCUCUUUCCGUGGCUACACCGAAGCACUUGAAAGCGGUUGGCCUCCUGAGGCACAGGUGGGAGGAUUACGAAACCGACAUCAACUACCUGUUUAGCAUUGCAUUAGAUAAGGUGGCCUUCAUUCCAUCUGCGUACGCCUACGACCUGUGGAGAUGGAAUAUGUUUAAAGGCGUCUACUCACCUCAUGAGUAUAACAAGGCCUGGUGGAUGCUGCUACUCAAUUACCAAGGCAUCUGUCCCGCCGUACGUCGGUCACCGGAUGACUUUGAUCCACCUUCAAAGUACCACAUAGCGGCUGACGUGCCGUACAUAAGGUAUUUUGUGAGCAUCAUCCUGCAGUUCCAGUUUUACAAAGCACUCUGCGAUGAAGCCAAUCACGUCGGUCCACUUCAUCAGUGCGAUUUUUACCACUCGAAGGCAGCUGGUAGACUGUUUGGACAUGUCAUGGAGAUGGGGUCUUCGAAGCCCUGGCCCGAAGUUCUGGAGAUUUUAACCAGAGGGAAGACACGAGACCUGGAUGCUGGACCACUCCUGGAGUACUUCAUGCCGCUGUACAGAUGGCUCAAAGCACGAAACAGACGCGAACAUGUCGGUUGGAGAAGCUGGGACGCUCAAUCGUGCCCAGGCAUAACUACUUGCCCAAGAACAAAUUGGUAUGGCUACUACCAUCCAUGGGCAAGAGGGAAGUAGAUCUAAUGCGUGUAUACACAUCUACUUGUGAAAUAAAGCAAAACCGAGUGUUUUUGCGCCA